AUGAAGGGCGUCUUCAUUGCCUGUGGCCUGUUGGCCUCGUCUGUCUCUGCACACAUGCAGAUGAGCAAGCCGUACCCUCUUCGCAGCCCUUUGAACAAGGAUGCAGAUGGCCAGAAGGACUACUCGUACACCAACCCUCUGUCCACUGACGGGUCUGAUUACCCUUGCAAGGGCUACGCAGAUGAUGAUUUCAAUGCCACAGCGCACUACGAGCUUGGCGGAGAGUACGAUCUGGAACUCAGUGGGAGCGCUGUUCACGGGGGAGGAUCCUGCCAGAUUGGUCUUUCCUACGACAAGGGAGAGACCAUCCGUGUCAUCCACUCGAUGCUGGGUGGAUGUCCUAUCGACAAAAAGUACAAGUUCAAGAUUCCUGAGAACGCGAAGGAAGGUAAUGCACUGCUCUCCUGGACAUGGUUCAACAAGGUCGGCAACCGUGAGAUGUACAUGAACUGCGCACAGGUCACCAUUGGAGGUGGCUCUAACAAGGGCAGUGCUAACUCCUUGUCUCGUCGGGACUCCUUUGAGAGCUUGCCCGAAAUCUUUAUUGCAAACAUUGGCGGCCCAGGCAAGUGCACCACUAUUGAAGGUGAAGAAGUCAACUUCCCCAAGCCCGGUCCUUCCGUGGAGGGUGAAUUGUCCGGCAAGGGUUACGAAUGCAAAGAAAACGCCCCGUUCCUUGAGGCCAGCUCCUCCGGUUCCAACUCUACUCCGGCCAGCUCUCAUGUCAUCCAGAGCUCAUCCAAGCCGUCUCCAAGCUCGCUUCUUCACGCUAAGCAGUCGAGUGCCGCCACUCCUUCGUCUACUCCUUUGAAGGCCUUCGCAACUCCCUCUAGCAAGGUUGCUUCGUCUUUCGGCACCCCCGCUCUUGCCUCGACUUUGCCCACCGGCCUUAGCGAUGGCGAGCGCAGCGCACACAAGCACCCCCACCGUCCUCACUGGGGCUGCCGCGAUGGCUCUAUCAUCUGUGCCCCUGAUGGUCUCUCGUGGGCCAUGUGCGACCACGGCCACCCCGUGUGGAUGGGAUCCGUCGCCGACGGCAUGAUUUGCAAGCACGGUGAGAUGGUGCGCGCACACGCUUGGUAA